CGUUGCGCUACUCAGCUGCAGACGGUUGGGGCAGCUGCCACUAACGGGAAAAUUGUUCGGUCUUCUUCGAAUCAGUAGAAACGUGCGCAUAUUUCAUUUAAUGUCUCUACCGUUUUGUUUAUAUUCACAAUAAUUGCGAUAAAACACACCAAAUUAAAAGUAAAACGCGAACGCGGCGUGAGUUUUAUGUUUAUAUACUAUAUGCUAUACAUGCAUACACACACACACAUGCUAUAUACAGAUACAAUGUGUGUAUCUAAAAUACGAAACAUCUUUUGAAGCAAAACAAGUACAAUAAAAUAAGUACGUAUAGAAAACUAGUUGCUGCUCUGUAUAUUUGUAAUUGCGAAAUAUAAUUUGUUUACAUUUUCAAUUUUCUGUGCGGUUUCCAAAUAUCGACAUAUUCCUCGUGCGCAAAAUAAAACUAUGAAUGUGGCAGAAGAAUCGUCUGGCCCAGUGUUUGUGGAAAAUCUAAAUGAUAUCUGAAAUAAAUGUAUUCAAAAUGUGUGAAGCUCAAAAUUAAUGUAUUCAUUUCUUCGUGAUCUCUGAAAAGUUAUUAGAUUCGGCUUCAGUAUUUUUCUUUUUUUUUUUUUUUUGGGGGGGGCUUCGUCAAAAUGGGUCCGGUUUUUAAUCUUAUACGCUGUGAUCAAUUGUUCAAUAGCUCGCGUGAUACUUAUGAUAAUCUAAAGACCGACAUUUGCGGUAUAGAUCGUGUGAAAUAUAUAUUAACAUGCCUUUGCAUAUGCGUGCUGAUUAUUGGAUGCAUUUAUGUAUGGAAAAAAUAUGAUCGGUGCCAUAAAACUUUGCUGGCCUUUCACAAUUUGCGCGCAGCUGUUUCGCUGCUUCUGCUGGCCGUUAACAGUCUCGAGCUGGCCAGGAGUCUGCUGCCCCAGCGCCGGACGGAGCAGCUGUAUCAGCUCUUUGACUCAACGCCCAAGGAGCUGAAUGUUCUGAUUAUCAUUGGCACGGGCGCCGUGCGGAAUGCCCUCGCUGCCGUCCUGUUGACAAUUAUGCUAAUGUGCUAUCAUCGUGUGCUCGAGCGCAAAAAGAUGACAGACUUUCUCUACGGCAGCAUCGCCAUAGAAAUGUUGAUUUUUCUGCUGCGCAUCGAUGAGCUCGCCGAGGUGGCCUAUUACGAAGAGCUCCUUGAGCUGGAGACCUGCCUGCUCAGCGUAACGGUGAUUUGUCUAUUGGUCUUGGCUGCACUGGAUGGAUAUACCAUUUAUAAAGAGCGUUAUCGGGACGAUUAUUUGGAGGAUUACGACUGCAUCGGCUACAAGCAUACGCUGGCCACAUUCUAUUCGAAGAUCUGCUUCUGGUGGCUUACUUCGCUGCUCUGGCUGGGCUACAAGGAACCGCUCGAACUGGAAGAUCUGGGCCAAAUGCGAUUGGAGGAUAGCGCCAGAGCGCAUUACGAUCGGUUUUUAUAUAUAUAUACCGAGGAGAUGUUGGCCGGUGAUUUAUUUGCAUUGAUUGGUCCGCUGGCCAUACAGCAAAUAGUGCAGUACAUUGAGGGACUCUAUGCGGCGGCACAGGAAGAAGUUCGGGCGCAGGUUCUGGCACAGGCAGCAACAGCAAAUAGAUCAAUACAAUUGGCGGGCGUGGGGGAGCCUAAUGCGGCCGCAGAUGGUGCCGAUGAUGUUUACUACGAAGAUUAUGAUGUUGCCAAUGAUGAUGGGGCCUACAAUGAUGUGGGUUUGGGCAUGGGUUUGGGUAUAGGUAUGGGCAUUGGUGAUGUGCGAAUUUACUAUGCCAGAUGGUCGGAUUUGCUAACAAAUGGCUGGAGCAUUGCUUGGCUGGUGUUAUUGGCCGCAUUGACGCAGGCCGCAUUGUCGCAGGCCUCCACGCAUGUGCUCAACAUGACGGGCAUCAGGAUUAAAACAUCGCUACAGGGUCUAAUUUAUCGCAAAAGUUUGCUUCUAAAUGCCAGCAGCGGUUGUGGCAACAAUGCCGCUGAUGAUGAUGGCAAACCAGCGACUCCUGCUCCUGCUGCUCCUGCUCCUGCUGCUGCUGGUGCCACUACUUCCGCAGCUGAUGUACAGCAAAAUGGCAAAAACAUUAGGUUGACUCCCAAUGAUAAGCCUGUCGAGGUGGCUGCCACACAACAACAACAACAACAACAAAAGCAAACGGAGCAUUCAGGCGGCCUCGGCGAUAUUGGUGCCAUCACGAAUCACAUGACGGAGGACACGCUCAACAUAAUGCAAUUCUUUUGGAUCGCUCACUAUGCCUGGGCUAUUCCAUUCAAGAUAGCCCUGGUCAUCUACUUGCUGUACCUAAAGCUGGGCAUAAGUGCGGUGAUUGGCGCCAUUGUGUGCAUUGUCAUUAUGACACCGUUGCAGUUCGUCAUCGGCCGGGCCAUGUCGAGGAACGAGGAAAGGAUUGCGAAAUUCACGGAUGAACGAUUAAAGAAAAUCCAUGACACCUUGAUAGGCAUUAAGAUAAUCAAGCUGAAUGCCUGGGAUGAGGUUUUUCUCAGAAAAAUUCAAGCGGCUCGCGAAAAGGAGCUCAAGUACCUGAAAAAGGAUGCCAUGUACUGGACGCUAAUGACCAUUUUGACCCACAUCUGCACUGUGCUGAUCACAUUUGUGACGCUGGCUGUUUAUGUUAAUCUGCCGCAGGAGUCGCGCUCGAGCCUCGAUGCCAGCCAUCUGUUUGCUGCGCUGGCGCUGUUCCAGCAGCUGACGGUGCCGCUGCUGAUCUUUCCCAUAACGGUGCCCAUUAUCAUUGCCGCACGGGUGUCCACACGCCGGCUGGAGCGCUUCCUGCACGCGCCCGAGAUCCAGAAGCAAUUCGAGGGCAUUCGCAAUAUGGCGCGCAUCCUGAGCAAGAGCGACGCCUCGCUGGACAUGUACGAGACGCAGGAGAAGUCGAACCUGGCGCUGCGCACGGCCCAGGCGGAGAACCGACUGAACGAGCAGCGCCAGGCGCUUCGCAUUCGCAUACCCGAGGAGCCGCCAUCGCCGGCGCCGCUGGCUCAGUCGGAGCCCAUAACGCCGCUGCUGCUGGCGAGCAACGGCGAGGCCGUCGAGGAGAAAUCGCCGCCUCUGUUCGCCCACGAGCUGGGCCACCAGAAGCUCGUGCAGCAUCGCAAGGAGCUGUUGCGCAACACGCCCUAUGUGGCCAUACGGCCGCCCAAACUGUUCGGCGGCACCGUCGAGCGGCCCGUCGAGUUCUCGGUGAUGCGGGCCCGCAACACGGACAGCUGGCGGCGCGACUCCCUGCUGCUGAAGAUGCCCGACGACAUCGCCGUGUCCAUCAACGACGGCCUCUUCACCUGGCAGCCGCAGGGCAGCCGGCUGCCCAAUGUCCAGCUGCACGUUCAGGAAAUGGCCAUACCCAAGGGCAAGCUGACCAUCAUUGUGGGCAAGACUGGCAGCGGCAAGAGCUCGCUCCUGUCCGCCCUGCUCAUGGAGAUGCCGCUGCUGGCGGGGAACAUGUUCUGGCACAAAAACUGUACGAUAUCGUAUGUGCCGCAAGUUCCAUGGCUGCUUAAUGAUACAAUACGGGAGAAUAUCCUAUUUGGUGAAUCAUUUCGGCCGAAGCGUUACGAUUUUGUGCUGGAUGCGUGCGCACUAAAACCGGAUAUUGAACUAAUGCCAACCGGUGAUUUUACGAUAAUCGGCGAACGGGGCAUAAAUCUAUCCGGCGGACAGAGGCAACGCGUCGCUAUCGCACGUGCAAUUUAUUCAUCGGCCAACGUCGUCAUAAUGGAUGAUCCGCUGUCAUCGCUGGACAAUGAAGUGGGCAGCCAUGUCUUCGAGCAGUGUGUGCGUCAGAUGCUUUUGAAGUCGAAUCGCACCAUCAUCCUGGUGACACAGCAAUUACAGUUGAUCAAGGAGGCGGAUUAUUUAAUUGUGAUGAAGGAUGGCCGGCUGCAAGCUUGCGGCAGUUAUAAGGACAUUGAGCUAAAGCAGCCGCAAAUAAUCGCCAAAUGGAACUCGAUAAUUGCUAAGGCAAACGAAAAUGCAAAGGACCAGCAACAAAAUGCCACGGAGCGCACAGCUCGGGAGCGCUGGAAGCUAUUCAAGAAUGUUAGCAAAUUGGGUUUGCAGCGCUCAAUAUCGAUUAAUUCGGAAACGGGAGGCGGCAAUAGCUCGGAACUGGAUUCCAAUUGCUUGGAUGGCAGCGCAUCAAUGUCAUUUAACAAUAUGCUCAACGAUGCCGUCGCAGAGGACGACGAGGACGAUGAUCUGCCUGCGUCCCUCUCCCUGGCCAGCGGCAUCAGCUGUGGUUUGCAGUCGGCCGGCAGCUUCCCCCUGCAGCGCAAGCGGGCGAGCGUCUAUGGUUCUCGGCAUUUGAUCUACGAUGUGCCGCUGCCCAUAGACGAGUGCCAGGGGGACGAUGUUAUAAUGCGACCACGUCGGCGCUCAACGCUCCAGCGUCGUGGCAGCAGCGUGCGCUCGAGGAACUCCUGGCAUCGACUCAGUGGCCUCAGCUCGGCGACGGCCACGUCCACCUCGAGCACGAACAGCGGAGAUCUGCUGCGCCGCAGUCUGGUGACGGCCAGCUGCAGCAGCUAUGCGGAGAGCAGUCUCGAUGGCGGCGACUCGAUUGCAGAUGGAGUUACGACCCCGCCACUCGUAGCUGAGCUCUCUCCACGUGCCCAAUCCUGGCAGCCAGCACAGCAAACGCAUCAUGCGCCGGUGACGCGAAAUGUCUCCUCGCCGCCGGCCAUGGAGGCGGCACCUGCAUGGCCUGGAGCGGAGGCGGCGGUGGCACAGAGUCGCGGCAGCUUUCAACAGUUCCUGCGACGCAUGUCCAUGCGGCGCUCCAAUAAGCCAAAGCAUCAUCAUCGCCCGCUGAGCGCGGCCAACUCGAUUAGGAGCAUCUCGGAGGAGUCCAGUGCGGCAGCUCUCCUGCCAACAGUUGAGUUAAGUUCAGUGCCUUCAACGCCUGUCGCUGACAUUUCCAAUCCGCAGCCAGCAACAAAUUUAAAGGCAACUGUCGACGACUUGGAAUCCAGGAGAGAGACGAACGAAUUGUCUGCUGCUUCUCCAUCUCCUGCUGCUGCGAUAGUGGAGACACCGCCAGUGAAGCAUGUUAAAAUCGACUUCAAUGCAUUGCCAACAAAUGGCCGCAACAACAGCAACAACAAUAAUAACAAUGAUGACAACGAGGCAGGCAAUGAGGAUGAUGGCGAUGGCGUUGACGUGCCAGACGUGACGUCACUCUCAAUUCAGCUGAAGAGCAAAGAGCGCGAACGGGAACGAACACGGGCAGAGGCCCGGGCUGUACAUGCAGCAGGUGCAGGUGCUGGUGCAGUCGCAGAGACAGCAGCAGCGACAGCGCCAGAUGUGGAACGCAAAUAUGGCCAAAUAUCGAAUCAUAUAUAUCUGCUCUAUAUGCGCGCCUCCGGCCUGCCCAUAAUCAUUGUCUUUUUUAUCACCGCACUAAUUUGGCAAUGUUUGCGUGUCUACACGGACGUUUGGCUCCAGCAUUGGAGCGACCAUGUCGAUGGGGGUAGCAGUAGCGACACUGACAUGGAUGCGGCCAGCCACGAAGUCACGUACUAUUUUCGCAUGUAUGCAACAAUUUCGUGUGUUUGCAUUAUAAUGGCCAUGAUAUCAACACCGGCCGGACAAUGGGCCGGCUGCAAAGCCAGCCGUAAUUUGCACGAUAAACUGUUGCUAACGAUUUUGCAUAAAACUUUGCAUUUUUUCCAAGUGACGCCGCUCGGACGCAUUCUGAAUCGUUUCAGCACCGAUAUGGCGAUCAUUGAUAAGAAAAUCGCUGCAACCUGUCAACGCCUGCUGCAGUUCAGCCUGCUCUGCCUCUGUGCGAUACUCAUAAAUGUGAGCAUUACGCCCUGGUUUCUUGCCCUCACUCUGCCCAUUUGUGGGGCCUACUAUGCCAUUCAGAAGUUCUACAGGUGCUCGGCACGUGAGCUGCAGCGCAUCGAGAACUCAAGCAGCUCGCCGGUCAUCUCGCAUCUGGCGGAGACGAUUCAGGGUGUGACCACAAUACGUGCAUACAAUCAGCAGGCACGUUUCACGGAGAUCCUGUUCAAGCGACUCGAGGCGAACACGAUUGCGUUUACCAUAUUGAAUACGAGCAACCGCUGGCUGGGCAUAUCAUUGGAUUACCUGGGUGGCUGCAUUGUUUUUGUGGCCAUCGUAACGGCACUGGCAACGGCAAGCGUCAGUUGCAGCAGCUAUGUGAAGGAGGCCGAGGCGGAGCUGGCAAGUGGCAGGACCACGGAGGAGAUGGCAGGAACUUAUGCCAUCAAUAAAGGCGCCAGCUCCAAGGAGUUGACGCCGACGCCCUCGCUGGUCGGCCUGGCCAUAAACUACACGUUGUUGGUGCCGAUUUACCUUAAUUGGGUUGUAAAACUUUUGGCCGAUAUGGAGAUGUAUGCGGGCUCGGUCGAACGCAUUGCGCACUAUGCGCAGCAGACACAGCAGGAGGAGCAAGAGCAGCAAGAGCAGCAGCAGGAGCAGCAGCAGGAGCAGCAGGAUACGGAAAUAAGCAAUGAAGUCGAUAGGUCGCACUGCACGACUAACGUUGACAAAGUUUACCCAGGCGCAACGUCAGCUGGCGUUGAUGUUGCCGGCGACUCAGCUCGAGCGGCUGAUAAAUUAAAUGCAGGCAAUGCAGCUGCAGCAGGAGCAGCAGCAGGAGCAGCAGCAAAAGCCGGCAAUGGCAAUCACUUAAACUUCCACACGGCGCCAGUUGCUGACAAGCGGCAGCUGGCGACGACAGCGGCAAGGACGUCCAUGAUUAAGGAUAAGGCACUGACAGCACUUGGCGACAAGGUCGCGUUAUCUAAUGAGCCAUCGAGGCGUAUCAAAACUUACCAAAGCGUUCCGAUUUCCUGGCCACAGCGCGGCGACAUCAGCUUCGAAGAUGUGAGCCUACGUUAUGAAGGGCAAAGGCAGAACGUUAUCAGCCACCUCAACUUAAGGAUACCAGCAGGCCAAAGGAUUGGCAUCUGUGGCCGCACGGGCAGUGGCAAAUCCUCGCUGGCUCUGUCCCUGUUCGGUGUGCUGGAGACGACAAAUGGGCACAUUCGCAUCGAUAAUGUGGACAUCCAGCGAAUCCGGCCAGACGAGCUGCGAACGAGAUUGUCGAUAAUACCACAGGAUGUGCAUUUGUUUAAUGCAACAAUACGUGAAAAUCUCGAUCCGCGCUGCUAUUACUCCGAUUUGCAAUUGUGGAAUUGUCUCGAAUUGGCGCAGCUCAAGGAGUUUGUCAAUGUGCAGCUGCCGCAGGGUUUGGACACGGAAAUCUCUGAUGGCGGCAUCAGCUUCAGUGCCGGCCAUCGGCAAUUGCUCUGCCUGGCACGUGCCAUACUGCGUGGCUCCGCCUGCCUGGUGCUGGAUGAAGCAACAAGUACAUUGGACAGCAGCACGGAGCGGGCGCUGCUCAAGGCGGCCGACAAGGCCUUCCAGGGUCGAACAAUUAUAACCAUUGCCCAUCGCCUGAGCACCAUUCUGGAUUAUGAGCGCAUUAUAGUGAUGCAGGAGGGACGCAUCGUUGAGGACGGCAAUCCGAGGCAGUUGCAACAGCAGCCGGACUCCAUUUUUUACGGCCUGCUGCAGAAGGGCGAGCAGCUGAAUGCCUAGAUCUAGCGAAGAUCUGCUCGGCUCGAUUUCCGGAUUUCUGUUUCAUUUGGGUCUGAUACUGAAUGCGUUUAUUGUGCUAGCUAAGUACUUAAGUAAAUUGUUUAAACAAGGAUCAAAUGAAUAUUGAA